GGAAGUCAGCAACAUUAAAAAGUUGAAAUACCGGACAGUGGACUAGACAAUGGACACAAAACCAGGAAACAGGAAAACGAGACGAAGAACACGAACCGGACAGCAGCGAAAAGAAUACAGAACUGCAGCAGGUAAAAAAUACAGAAAAGAAGAAGAAAAAGAACGAAGAGAAGAAGCGAAGAGAAGAAGAGACGAAGAAGAUGAUAACAGACGAAUAAGAAGAAGAAGAGAAGAAGAAGAAGUGAAGAACAGAAAAAAGAAGGAAAACAUACUUGGGGACUAUGCAACUCAGCGAUGGCGCGACUCAGCGAUGGCGGCGGCGGACGGAAAUGGGUUCAGAUUUGGUCACGAUCUAUCGCGGCGCCUCGAUCGAGCCUCGAUCGCGCUUCGUUGAGGUGCAAAGGCGCACGAGGCGCGCCUAAGCGCGCGCCUGGCGAACAGCUCCCGCCUCGCUUGGGAAGAUGCGUUUUUCCCAGCGCUUUGUGCGCCUAGCGCCUCGGGCGCGCCUCAGGCGCGCCUCUAACAACACAGGCCGGAGCGGAAGCUUGCUCGAUGAGAAGACCGGAAGUUGGGUUCGGGUGAGCUCUAUUCCGGAUGACCGAAAUCACCCAAACGAGC